AUGAGUUCCUCGGCAUCUUCAACUUCAGCAAAGAAAGAAGGACAUUUGUCGCCAACAUCACCACUGCCACAACAACAACAUCGCCAUCGUUCAACUUCAUCGGUAGGUAGGAUACCUGUGGGGGAUACUUCACCUUCGUUGUCAACUAUGGAUACUACCAAGGCUUCAAGAAGAAGAUCCAGUGCUAGAAGAGCUGAAUUAAAGCGUGAAACCAAGUCCGAUUGGGGUAUUGCAAACCACCUUUUAAUUGGGUUUAGAGAGUUGGUUUAUAGACAAACUUGGAUUGUUCCCCUUUUGGUUUUGGUGGCUGCUUUUGGAACGUUUUUCCUUUCCAGUCCAACGGGGAAAACUCACAAGUUUUUGCAAGAUAUGAUUGUUCCAUCAUAUCACAUCCCGGGAACUGACCAGUAUGGAAAGGGGGCCAAUGACUUCAAAUUUGUUGGAUUCUAUGCAAUUUUUUUCACUUUUUUAAGGGAAUUUAUGAUGUGCUGUGUUUUGAGACCCAUUAGUAAUUAUCUUGGUGUUAAAAAAGAAGCUAAACAAAAGAGGUUUUUGGAACAGACUUAUGCUAUGUUCUACUAUGGAUUGAGUGGUCCUAUUGGUUUAUGGAUCAUGUCGAGAACCCCAUUAUGGUUUUUUGAAACAACACCAAUGUACCUUGAAUACCCACACAAGACCCAUGAAAUUUACUUUAAAGUUUUCUACUUGGGUCAAGCAGCAUUCUGGGUCCAGCAAUCGGUCAUUCUUGUUUUACAAUUGGAAAAACCAAGAAAGGACUUUUUUGAAUUGGUGUUGCACCAUAUCAUCACUAUUGCUUUAAUUUGGUGUUCGUAUAGAUUCCAUUUUACAUGGAUUGGUAUUGAAGUUUUUAUCACAAUGGAUGUGUCUGAUUUCUGGUUGGCUUUGUCGAAAACGCUAAACUAUUUGGAUUCAAAGUUGACGGGACCAUUUUUCGUAUUUUUCAUUGGUGUAUGGAUUUAUUUGAGACACUAUAUCAAUUUGAAAAUCUUGUGGUCGGUUUUAACCGAGUUCAAAACCGUUGGUGAAUGGGAGUUGAAUUGGGAAACUCAACAAUAUAAGUGUUAUAUCUCACAACCAAUCACCUUCUUUUUAAUCUUUGCUUUGCAGUUGGUCAAUAUUUACUGGUUAUUCUUGAUUUUGAGAAUUUUAUCCAGAUAUGUCUUUUCUGGAGAACAAAAGGAUGAAAGAAGUGACGAUGAGGACGAAGAGGAAGAUAGCAGUAACAACGAAGAAGAAAAGAAGGAACAAUAG